AUGGACACAGAGGAAUUCCCACCCCCACCACCAGAAGUUCUGGAGCAUGAACCAAAAGCCCUGGGUAUGAACGAUGACGAGGACGAGGGAGAACAGUUUGACUUUGACAGUGGAGAUGAGAUACCAGAAGCAGACAGGCAAGCCCUUGUGCCGCCUCCUCCUGACCCUGGAGAUAACACAGAGCACCAAGAGGCUAACGCCACCGGGGCCGAUAACUUAGAAAACAAUGAGAAGCUACGAACAUCAGCACCUCCUACGCAAGGCACUCCAGCCAAAGUAAACCCCUACUCAGUCAUAAAUAUUUCACCAAUCCAAGACAAGGAUCCAUCCUCAUCACCAGAACCAAGUCCGCAAGACGAAUGUGCAAGUCCAAACUUGUCCAGUGGAUAUUCUGUUCCUGUCCCCUGUGGCUAUGCUGUGCCAUCUAAUUUGCCUUUGAUACUGCCAGCGUACUCCAGUCCCGUCAUAAUACGCAGUGUUUCUGUAGAUGAAGAAGGUACACAGUCAGCAACUGAAGAAUGUCUUUAUAAUUCUGUAAACUCAGAGGAGCCUCAAAAUAGUGAAGAUAACCAGGCCAAGAGAGAAGAUGAUGCUCUGGCCAAGUGGGUUGCAGAUCCUGCAAAUACAGCAUGGAUGGAAAACCCAGAUGAAGUAAUUUACGAUGAUGUGCCAAGAGAAAAUUCAGACUCUGAACCAGAGGAAAUGAUUUAUGAUGAUGUUGAAAAUGGUGAUGAUGGUGGAAACAGCUCGCUGGAAUAUGGGUGGAGUUCAAGUGAGUUUGAAAGCUAUGAAGAACAGAGUGAUUCUGAGUGUAAAAAUGGAAUUCCCAGCUCGUUUUUGCGAGGCAACCAUAAGAGACAUCUUUCUCAUGACCUAACGCGUUUAAAGGAGCAUUAUGAAAAAAAGAUGAAAGAUUUGAUGGCAAACACUGUGGGAGCAGUAGAGAUUCAGCAACUAAAGCAAAAACAUGAGCUGAAGAUGCAAAAGCUUAUGAGAGCUGCUAGAGAAGGUACCAAAGAUGGGCUCGAAAAAACAAAAGCAGCCGUGAAAAAAGGUCGUUGUUUCAUUAGAACAAAAUCUUUUAUUUCUCAAGACCAUAGAUCAUCAUGUCUGGAAGAAGAAGAGAUAAAUUUGUUUAUCGAUGUCGACUGUAUGCAUACAGAAGCAAUUAUGACUCCUAUGCCUGAAGGAUUAUCACAGCAACAGGUUGUGAGAAGGUAUAUUUUGGGCUCUGUAGUUGACAGUGAGAAGAAUUAUGUGGAUGCUCUCAAAAGAAUCCUGGAGCAAUAUGAGAAGCCCCUUUCAGAUAUGGAACCAAAAUUAUUGAGUGAAAGAAAACUCAAAAUGGUCUUCUAUCGAAUUAAGGAAAUUCUUCAGUGCCAUUCAAUGUUUCAAAUUGCGCUGGCGAGUCGUGUAUCUGAGUGGGACUCUGUUGAAAUGAUUGGUGAUGUCUUUGUUGCUUCAUUUUCUAAAUCUAUGGUAUUGGAUGCAUACAGCGAAUAUGUAAACAACUUCAGUACAGCAGUAGGGAUUCUCAAGAAAAUUUGUGCCACCAAACCUGCCUUUUUAGACUUCUUAAAGCAGUGCCAGGAGUCAAGCCCCGAUCGAAUUACACUCUAUGGUUUAAUGAUGAAACCUAUCCAGCGCUUUCCACAGUUCAUUCUACUACUGCAGGAUAUGUUGAAGAACACUAAUAGAGGACAUCCCGACAGGUUGCCUCUACAGAUGGCUCUUACAGAACUCGAAACACUGGCAGAGAAGUUAAAUGAAAGGAAAAGGGAUGCAGAUCAGCGCUGUGAGAUAAAACAAAUAGCAAAAGCAAUGAAUGAACGUUAUCUGAACAAGCUACUCAGCAGUGGAAACAGAUACCUCAUACGGACUGAUGAUAUGGUUGAGACCGUUUACAAUGACAAAGGAGAAAUUAUCAAAACCAAAGAACGACGACUUUUCAUGUUAAAUGAUGUGCUGAUGUGUGCUACAGUAAACAUUCGCUCUUCCUACGAAAGCAGUGGCAAUGUGACAACAGGCCAGAGGUAUUUAUUGAAGUGGAGCGUACCGCUGGGACAAGUGGAAGUCAUAGAGUACGGCAGCAGUGAGGGCCAAGGAGACAACUGCAGGUUUCCACCCCAACACUCUGCUGAAAAUGUCGUCAUUAAUUCUAAGCCAAACAAGCUCUAUAUGGGACCAGGGCAACUGUACCAUGAUCUGCAGAACCUUUUGCAUGACUUGAAUGUAGUUGGUCAAAUUAGUCAAUUAAUAGGCAGCCUUAAAGGAAACUAUCAGAACUUAAACCAAUCUGUAGCCCAUGACUGGACCUCAGGUUUACAAAAACUGAUUUUGAAAAAAGAAGAUGAAAUCAGAGCGGCAGAUCGCUGUAGAAUUCAGCUGCAACUCCCAGGAAAACAGGACAAGUCUGGGCGGCCAACUUUCUUUACAGCUGUGUUCAAUACAUUUACCCCUGCCAUCAAACAGUCUUGGAUCAACAAUUUACAAAUGGCUAAACUGGCCCUUGUGGAGGAUAACCUGUUAGGUUGGUUCUGUGUCGAAGACGAUGGAAAUCAAAUUAAAAAGGAGAAACAUCCUCUUCUUGUUAGACACGUGCCAGUGAUGAUGGCCAAGCAACAGGAGUUUAAGGUUGAAUGUGCUGCUUAUAAUCCUGAACCAUACCUGUCUGGUGAAACGGAGUCAGACUCCUGUGCCAUGGAACAUGGUUUUCUUUGGAUUGGCAGUUGUACUAAUCAAAUGGGCCAGAUUGCAAUAGUCUCAUUUCAAAGCUCCGGCCCCAAGGUUAUUGAGUGCUUCAAUGUGGAAUCACGGAUUCUCUGCAUGGUCUACAUACCAGAGGAGGAGAAACUGAAAGAGCGAAAUAAGGCUCUCGACUCUGAGAAUGUUCUUGCAAAAGCUUCUAAUGUGCCUACUAUUUGCCUUGGCAUGGAAGAAGGAAG